AUGCCGGGUCUGGCGGCAGCAAGCCCUGCCCCUUUUGAGACGCAGGAGAAGAAGCCAUUGAAGUCCUGCUGCACCUGCCCAGAGACCAAGAAGGCAUGUCAUGCAUGCAUCAUUGAGAAAGAAGAGCACUGUGGACACCUAACUGAGGCCCACAAGAAGUGCAUGAGAACCCUGGGAUUUAAGAUAUGA